AUGGCGCAGAGAGGAAAUACACUGGAGUCAGAGAAAUUCUCUUGUUCAGUCUGUUUGGACCUACUGCAAAACCCGGUGACCAUUCCCUGUGGACACAGCUACUGCUUGAACUGCAUUAAUGCCCACUUUGAUGAAGAGGAUAGGAAGAAAAUCUACAGCUGCCCUCAGUGCAGGAAGAAUUUUACACCGAGGCCUGUCCUGGAGAAAAACAUCAUGUUAGCAGACUUAGUGGAAGAGCUGAAGAAGACUGUGCCUCCAGCUGCUCACUGCUAUGCUGGAUGUGAAGAUGUGGCCUGUGAUGUCUGCCCCUCCAAGAAGCUCCAGGAGAACAUCUGCUCUCGUCACAACGAGGUGAUGAAAAUCUUCUGUCGUACUGAUCAGCAGAGUGCCUGCUAUCUCUGCUUACUGGAUGAACAUAAAGGUCAUGAAACGGUCCCAGCUUCAACAGAAAGGACUGAGAAGCAGAAGGAGCUCGAGGUGAGGCGGCUAAAAAUCCAGCAGAGAAUCCAGCACAGAGAGAAAGAUGCCCGGCUGCUUCAGCAGCAGGUGGAGGCCAUCAGUGGCUCUGCUGAUAAAGCAGUGGAGGACAGUGAGAAGAUGUUCACUGAGCUGAUUUGUCUCAUCCAGAAAAGAAGCUCUGAUGUGAAGCAGCAGGUCAGAUCCCAGCAGGAAACUGAAGUGAGUCGAAUUAAAGAGCUUCAGGAGAAGCUGGAGCAGGAGCUCGCUGAGCUGAAAAGGAAAGACGCAGAGCUGGAGCAGCUCUCACACACAGAAGAUCACAACUGGUUUUUGCACAACUACUCCUCACUGUCAGCACUCAGUGAGUCUACACACUCAUACAGCAUCAAUAUUCGCCCUGUGAGGUACUUUGAGAAUAUGACAGCAGCUGUGUCAGAGACCAGAAAUAAACUACAGGACAUUCUGAGAGAGGAAUGGACAAACAUCUCACUGAGAGUCACCGAAGAGGAUGUUUUACCGUCACCACCAGAGCCGAAGACCAGAGCUGAAUUCUUAAAAUAUUCAUGUGAAAUCACACUGGAUCUAAACACAGCAUUUCCACAUCUGUUUUUAUCUGAGGGGGACAGAAAAGCAAUAAGAAUGAAACAAAAACAGUCUUAUUCUCAUCAUCCCGACAGAUUCACUUUAUGGGAACAGGUCCUGAGUAAAGAGAGUCUGACCGGACGUUGUUACUGGGAGGUGGAGUGGAGAGGCGGUGGAGUUGGUGUAGCAGUCACAUACAGGAACAUCAAAAGAGUGGGGAAGUCAUAUGAAUGCUUAUUUGGAUUCAACAACAAAUCCUGGGCAUUAUGUUGUGACACAAACUGUUACGUAUUUUGGCACAACAAUGUCCAAACUAAGCUCUCAGGUCCUCGGUCCUUCAGAGUAGGAGUGUACCUGGAUCACAGUGCAGGUAUUCUGUCUUUCUACAGCGUCUCUGAAACCGUGACUCUCCUCCACAGGGUCCAGACCACAUUCACUCAGCCGCUCUCUGCUGGACUUUGGCUUUGGGAAGAUGGAGCCGCAGCAGAGCUGAUUAAACUCGAACACACAGAGAAGACAGGUUCCUCUUGAUCCCUGAGCAUCAUAUGUACUUCUCUACUUUCUAUAUGUCGCUUUGCAUUUUAGAAGCAGAGUAGUUCAGUGGUCCAUUGA